CGGCCCUUAGCACGCGCCACUCCGACGAGUCCAAUCAUCGCACGACAAAGCAGCUCUCCCUCCCUGCCAUCACUACCUAUUCAACAAUACAAAGAAUGUGAAAGUGCUUCAUUUGUCUUGCUGCUGACGGCAGAGACGGGAGACUCAGUCAACUGACAAAGUCAAGCAGUGGCGCAGCCUUGCCAAGAUGAAACUAAAAGAAGACCUGAACCCUGUGCUGCUGCACAUCAUCCACCUCAUCGUGUGGAUCUACACCUUCUUCACCUUCCUGCCGUACUACAUUUUCAGUUUGGUUUCCAGACCCAAAGGAGCCAUUUGUGGCUCUGAGGAAGAGCGGGCCAUGAGACUGCAGGCUAUCUCAGUGGUGGGACGACCCGAGGGACCUUACAGAGAUUUGAAGGCCGCAAGGGAACUGGUGACAUUGCUGCGCCCGGGACUGGACACAUUGGCUAAGCUCUUUGAAGAUUUGGCCAGGAGAUUCCCGAACAGAGAAUGUCUGGGCACAAGGAUGGUGAUCAGUGAGGAAGAUGAGCUGCAGAGCAACGGCAAGGUGUUCAAGAAGGUGAUUCUAGGAGAGUACCAGUGGCUCACCUAUGCGGAGACCCUCUCAGCAGCAUCCCAGCUCGGCUCUGGUCUGGCGUCACUGGGGCAGAAACCCAAGCACAACAUCGGUAUCUUCUGUGAGACAAGGGCCGAAUGGAUCCUAGCGGCCAUGGCCUGCUUCAUGCAGGGUUUCCCAUUGGCUACUUUUUACGCAACACUGGGGGGUCAAGCUAUUGCUCACGCUAUGAACGAGACAGAAGUGACCCACAUCAUCACCAGCAGAGAGCUCCUGGAGACAACACUCAAGGCUAUUCUAGCUAAAGUUCCAAAGCUGCGGUGCAUCAUAGUAGUGGACAACACACCGACCGCGUGGCUCGGCUAUCCCAGUGGCAUUAGCAUCCACAACAUGGAUGCUGUGCGAAAGCUUGGAGUUCGACGAGAUGACGGAAGGCCUGAGCAAUACGAGCCUCUGCCUUCAGACAUUGCGGUCAUCAUGUACACCAGUGGAUCCACAGGUAAACCCAAAGGUGCUAUGAUUUCCCAUAGCAACAUCAUUGCUGGCAUCACUGGACUGGCUGAGCGGAUACCCAACCUGACCGAGGAAGACACCUACAUUGGCUACCUACCUCUGGCCCACGUACUGGAGUUGAGUGCAGAGCUUGUGUGCCUUUCUCACGGUUGUAAGAUUGGUUAUUCUUCACCUCAGACCCUGACUGACCAGUCAACCAAGAUCAAGAAAGGCAGCAAAGGCGACACCAGUGUCCUGCGGCCCACUCUGAUGGCAGCUGUCCCUGAGAUCAUGGAUCGCAUUUAUAAGAGCGUGAUGGCCAAGCUGGAGGAGAUGAACUGUUUCCAGCAGACGCUCUUCACCCUGGCCUACAACUACAAACUGGAGCAGCUCAGCAAAGGUCACAGCACACCUAUCUGUGACAGACUGGUCUUCAGGAAAGUCCGUUCUCUCCUCGGCGGUCGUGUACGGGUGCUGUUUUCGGGUGGGGCCCCACUUUCCGCUGCCACGCAAUGCUUUAUGAAUGUGUGUUUCUGCUGCCCCGUGGGUCAAGGAUACGGCCUGACAGAGACGUGUGGAGCUGGAACUGUUAGCAAGGUGUGGGAUUACAGCUGUGGGCGAGUCGGAGGGCCGCUAAUUUGCUGUGAGAUCAUGCUGAGGGACUGGCCAGAGGGAGGCUAUCUCACCACGGACAAGCCACAUCCCCGAGGAGAGAUUCUAAUUGGCGGUCCCAACGUAACCAUGGGAUAUUAUAAGAACCACUCAGAAAACAAACAUUUCUUUGUGGAUGAGAAUGGACAACGCUGGUUCUGCACAGGAGACAUCGGAGAGAGUCAUCAAGAUGGAUGCCUCAAGAUAAUUGAUCGUAGUAAAGACCUGGUGAAACUGCAGACUGGAGAGUAUGUCUCCCUGGGAACCGUAGAGGCCAUGUUGAAGAACUGCGCUAUGGUUGACAGCAUCUGCGCCUAUGCCAGAAGCAGUGAGAGCUACGUGAUUGCCUUUGUGGUGCCCAAUCAGAAGCAGCUGCAGGCUCUGGCUGAUCAGUACGGUGUCAGCGGCUCACGGGAGGAGCUUUGCAACAACAAGGUCAUGGUAGAGCUGGUGCUCAAUGUCAUCAAAACCGCCGGCCACAACACUUGCCAAGCAGACAAACGCCCGUCCAUUGAGAUCCCUCGCAAGAUCCAUCUGAGUCCAGACCCAUGGACUCCCGAGUCUGGACUGGUGACGGAUGCGUUCAAGCUCAAGCGGAAGGAGCUGGAAGUCUAUUACUGGGAUGAGAUUGAGAAGAUGUACGGAGGGAAAUGACGACCAAGGAGUACCACCGUCCAUACACAAAAGCAGACUCACAUUUAUGCUGAAAAAUGAUCUUGAAAGAAGGCUUGAGGAUUCAUCGUGGGUUGUGUUGGGUUUUCCAUUUGCACUGUUACUCAGCUCCACUUUUGGUGCUCAUACUUGAAUUUAUGGCUGAGUUGAAGCAAAAUCAUCACUUAUUGUACAUGAGGAUGCUUUCAAGAGCCAGGAGAUGUGACUGUUGCUGCCUUUCCCCUCCCGCGUCCAGGUGUAUGACCUCCAUGUCAAGUGUUUUAUUGUGUCAGAUGGCGGUUAUGAAACACUGACGCGCUCCGUUGAACUCCAGUACCACAGCUGAAACGCCACGAUUGCAUUUGAUUACACGUUUCACUGAAUUCUUUCUAGGAUCUAAUAAGGUUUAUGAUACGAUGAGAUAAUUAUAUUUUGGUCUUUCCUGCAGGUCAGGUGACACUAAGCUCUUUAUGCCCUGAAUGUUGACUUGUAACAAAUAGUUCCAAAUUGUUUUAUUGUCCACAUCUGUCAUAUUAAGCAUAUUCCAAAACCACACGAUCAUUUUUAAAUACAGGGACACUUUUAAUAGGAUACAGAGUUCCCUCGUUUAUCGCGGGGGAUGGGUUCCCAAAAUAGCCCGCAAUGAGUGAAAUCCGUGAAGUAGCCAACUUUGUUUACAAUGAUUUUGUAUGUUUUAAGGCUGCAAAACCCCUCACCAUGCACUUCAUACACGUUUCUCAGACCGGCAUUAACAUUUUAUCACAUUUCUCUCGUUUAAACACUUUCAAAGUUCAAAUUUCGUUAGAAUUUUAAUGAUCAACUUACAGGAUUGGACACAAGAAAUUAGCGACUGACUCCUCUGAUCGUGGCUUGCCCUGGCGCUGUUAGGCUGUAGCCUUUUUGGAUCCUUGUUAAAACAUAUUCCUCCUCCUCGUCCUCCAUGAACCAAACAUUCAUUUACAGUAUUCCAGGCGCCCUACAGCUGCGUAACUUCUGCCUUCAUUCAGCAUGUAUGAUGGCUAGCAGCUAGCCAUCAUACAACAGGAAACAGCCAGUCCUGCACAAAGGAGAUUGAUUGACAAUGGCCUACAGCCAAUCAGAAUGCAGAACACAAUGGGCGGGUUCUCCUUUAGCCAAUCAGGACUGUUGUGGCUCUAACAUACUGAGAUGAAGUGGACAUGGACACGUUUUAAACUCUCACAUGAGUAUACAACACCCUCUACUGGUAGCAGUAGUAAAUACAAUAACAGACCCAUGCAACAGAGCACUAAAAAUACACCAAAAGGGCGCACAACACAAUUCGCGUUCAUAUGUUGUAAAGUGCAAAAUGGCACUGGAAAAAAAUCAGCGAAAGGUGAGCCACAAUGUAGCGAGGGAACACUAAUGUUACAAUGAAGCAGCCGUGUUUGCAGCUAACGGGGUUAUUGUAAACAAAGAUGAAUUGUUUAACACUGUGCACUUUACAUUGGGCUGCACACACACACACACACACUCCUGUAUGCACAUGUAUUUAUGAAUGUUGCAAUAAAGCCUAGUCAGUCAGAAUACUGCAAUUCUUAACUAGCUGACACCAGGAAUGAUGCACGCUUUUGCACAAAAGUAUCGUUCUUCCCCAGGACCAAAAAACAAACGCGGUGCCUUCAAAACUACAAAAAGUCAAACAUCGAGGACAGGCAGAGAACAGUUUUGUCUUUUUGAAAUUCUAGUUGGGUUUUCUUGAUUUCUCAUCUCCAUCCUUUGUACUGCAUGUGAUCCAGGGUGAGCAAAUAACGCUUUAACAGGAUAAGUCGUGAGCAGCUUCAUGGUGAUUUGACAUUCUUGCAUGAUCUGUAUUUCUUUGAAAUUUGCUCUUUUGCUUUGCAAUAAUCCAGAAAUAAAAAUUGUGUGUGCAGAAUAUGAGCUGACUGGUGUCAUUGGGCUGUCUUAGCUGGCGAUGCGCAAUCUUCAGUGAAAUAUGACCCAAACUAAGAUGUUAAUGCAUCUUUCUGAAGCAGAACCUUUAAAGCUGCACUGCAUCAUCCUGAGUAUGAUUCAUCAAACUGAUGUAUUGCUUAUUAAGAUCUUCAUCGUGGUGGUAGAACCAGUAAGACUGGAUGUAACUUAUGUAUUACUGAAGUGAUCUGUUCCGUAUUUUAUUAUUUUUCUAUUUUUGUUAUUCUUACCUCUCCCAUCUUGUUUUGUUUUACUUUGAAGUGAUUAAGUUUAUUAUGAGACUUUUUCAGAGCUGCUGGUGAUGUGAAUGUGAAUAAAAGUGUCAAAUGGAUGCCUCAA